UGUGAUCAACCUUUGGUGCUGAAGGGUCUCUCUGCAAACUACUGUGAGAGUGAGUGAGUGAGUGAGAGAGAGUGAGAGAGAGUGAGAGUGAGAGAGAGAGAGAGGAAGAGAGAGAGAGGAAGAGAGAGAGAGAGAAGAGAGAGAGAGAGAGAGAGGAAGAGAGAGAGAGAGGAAGAGAGAGAGAGAGAGAUAAUUUUCUUCAACGGUGUGAACAGUUAGUUGUGGAUUAUCUAAGCAGGGAGAAGAGCGACUUGAGUUCUAUAAAGAUUCUCUUAACCUUCCCUGGAUUCUGGAGGAUAUUCUUUAAGGAUUUCUGCAAGGAUUUGGAUAUUGUGGUACAACAUUCUUGGAACUAACUACCAAAAGAAGGUUUCUCACGGGAAUACAAAAUAUAUAUAUUUUCUAGAUCUAGGUGUCUGUGUUUGAUCGUGUGGGGUGAGGUGUCUGUCUUCGUUGAGGGGAGCGAGGAGUCGCCGCUUUGUGUCUUCGUUGAGGGGAGCGAGGAGUCGCCGCUUUGUGUCUUCGUUGAGGGGAGCGAGGAGGAGUCACUUUGUGUCUUCGUUGAGGGGAGCGAGGAGGAGUCACUUUGUGUCUUCGUUGAGGGGAGCGAGGAGGAGGAGUCGCUGUGCCAACCUGGACCAUCAUGGUGCCAAACAUUCACCCUGCAGUUCCCCUCCUGCCCAGGAGGGCGGUGCCAUUCCUCCUGCUGCUACUCAGCUGCCUGGUGCUCUCCACUCAGGCUGACAGCUUACCAAGUUUCGUCAAGUCUCCCGAGGACCAGACGGGUAUAUCGGGUGGUGUAGCAUCCUUCGUGUGCCAGGCCACAGGAGACCCCAAACCCAGGAUCACUUGGAUGAAGAAGGGCAAGAAAGUCAGUUCCCAGCGCUUUGAGGUGAUUGACUUUGAUGACGGUUGUGGGUCUGUGCUGAGGAUCCAGCCGCUGAGGACACACAGAGACGAGGCCAUAUAUGAAUGUACUGCCGCCAACAGUGGCGGCGAGAUCAACACUAGCGCCAAACUCACCGUGCUAGAAGAGAACCAGAUCCCUCAUGGGUUCCCCAACAUAGACAUGGGUCCCCAGCUUAAGGUGGUGGAGAAGACCAGGACGGCCACCAUGCUGUGUGCUGCCAGCGGCAACCCUGACCCAGAGAUCACCUGGUUUAAAGACUUCCUGCCUGUAGACAUCAACAGCAGCAACGGACGAAUCAAACAACUCCGCUCAGGAGCCCUACAGAUUGAGAACAGUGAGGAGUCAGACCAGGGGAAGUAUGAGUGUGUUGCCAUGAACAACGCAGGAACGCGCUACGCAGCCCCAGCCAAUCUCUACGUGCGAGUACGUCGUGUCCCUCCGCGGUUCUCCAUCCCGCCCACCAACCAUGAGGUGAUGCCUGGGGGCAGUGUGAACCUGACAUGUGUUGCUGUGGGAUCUCCCAUGCCCUAUGUCAAGUGGAUCAUGGGAGAAAUCGAACUCACCAAGGAGGAUGAGAUGCCCAUCGGUCGGAAUGUUCUGGAGGUGACCAACAUCAAGGAGUCCGCCAACUACAGCUGCGUGGCCAUAUCAUCACUGGGCCAGAUCGAGGCUACCGCUCAGGUCUCCGUCAAAGCCCUCCCCAAGCCCCCCACCUCUCUCAUAGUGACUGAGACCACAGCCACCAGUGUGACCCUAAUCUGGGACUCUGGGAACCCUGAACCUGUGUCCUUCUUCAUGAUCCAGUACCGGGCUAAAGCCACCGACGCAGGCUUCCAGGAGGUGGACGGAGUAGCUACCACUCGGUACAGCAUCGGCGGGCUCAGCCCCUACUCGGAAUACGAGUUCCGUGUGAUGGCGGUGAACAACAUUGGGCGCGGGCCGCCCUCUGACCCGGUAGAGACCCGUACGGGGGAGCAGGCUCCCUCUUCACCCCCUCUGGCUGUCCAGGUCCGCAUGCUGUCUGCUUCCACCAUGUUGGUCCAAUGGGAACCGCCCGAGGAACCUAACGGACAGAUCAGAGGGUAUCGUGUGUACUACAGUUCAGACAUGAACGACCCUCUGAGUGGCUGGCAGAAGCACAACACUGACGACAGCAGACUGACCACCAUCUCAGGGUUGACCACUGAUAUCACCUACAGCCUCAGGGUGCUGGGGUUCACCUCUGUAGGGGACGGACCCCCCUCAGACGUACUGCAGGUCAAGACCCAGCAGGGAGUUCCUGCCCAACCAUCCAGCUUCGAGGCAGAAGCAGAGUUGGAUACUCGUAUCAUGUUGACCUGGCUGUGGCCUGUCCAGGACACCAUCACUAAGUACGAGCUACAGUACUGGGAGGCUAACUCUGACAACAAGAUCCACGUGACUUUUAAUCCUGCGGGGUCAUACGCCGUGGAGGGUCUGAAGCCCGACACCCUGUACCGUUUCUCCCUGGCAGCCCGCUCCGAGUUCGGCCUGGGAGUCUACACACAGCCCAUAGAGGCUCGCACCGCCCAGUCCACCCCCUCCGCCCCCCCUCAGGAGGUGCACCUGUCCAGUCUAAGCUCCACCUCCCUCAAGGUGAGUUGGGUGGCUCCGCCCGCCGCAUCCCGCCACGGCGCCAUCGUGGCGUACACCGUCAGCUACCAGUCCACCGGCAGCGCCAGCGAGGACCCCGAGCGCCACGAUGUGUCGGGGAUCGGAGCGGACGCCUCUAGUUAUGUGCUGGAGGGCCUGGAGAAGUGGACAGAGUACCAGGUGUGGGUUAGAGCGCACACUGAUGUGGGCCCGGGCCCAGAGAGCGCUCCGGUCAGGAUCAAAACUAAAGAGGACGUGCCAGGUGCCCCUCCCAGGAAGCUGGAGGUAGAAGCUGUGAACUCUACAGCCAUCAGGGUAACGUGGAAGGCACCCCUGCCAGGGAAGCAGCACGGCCAAAUCAGGGGCUACCAGGUCAUCUUCUCCAGGCUGGAGAACGGGGAGCCACGCGGUCAGCCCAACAUCAUGGACGUAGCCCUGCCUGAGGCUCAGUGGAAUAUUGAGGAGUCCACAGAGUAUGAGGCCACCAUCACUGGUCUGCACUCCGAGACCACCUACUCUGUUACCGUGGCAGCCUACACAACCAAGGGAGACGGGGCGCGUAGCAAAGCUAAAGUCAUCACCACCACCGGAGCAGUCCCGGGUCGCCCCACCAUGAUGAUCAGCACCACUAACAGUGACACCGCCCUGAUCCAGUGGCAGCCUCCUAAAGACAUGGUGGGAGAAAUGAUGGGCUACCAGCUGCAGUACAGACUCCGAGAGGACACGGCGUACACCUCACGGGAAUUCAAACGGACGGUCGACCACCACACCGUCACCGGACUGCUCAAGGGCGCCACCUACGUGUUCCGGCUGAGUGCGUUGAACCGCGCCGGUACCGGAGAGGCCUAUGUCAAGGAGAUCAGCACGCAAGAAGAUGUGCCCAGCGGGUACCCCUUAAAACUCUGCGUGACAGGGUUGACCACGUCGACCACCCAGCUGGCGUGGGAUCCCCCAGCGCUGUCUGAGAGGAACGGGAAGAUAUUGCAGUAUGUUGUGGUGUACAGAGACAUCAACAGCCACACCAACAGCACCAACAGGACGAUGGACACACACAUGACCAUCCAGGGCCUGAAACAUGACACCACCUAUGACAUCAGAGUCCAGGCGUUCACCAGUAGAGGAGGGGGACCCUUCAGUCCUAGUAUACAGAGCAGGACAACAUCUACCUCACCUGCGUUUGCCACAAGCUUCGGCGUCAAAGCCGUCAUGAAAACAUCAGUCCUGCUCACGUGGGAAGUGCCAGAAAACUACAAGUCCCAAGUGCCUUUCAAGAUCCUGUAUAACCAGCAGAGUGUGGAGGUACAGGGGAACCUGAAGAGGAAGUUGAUCACCCGACUACAGCCUGAUACAGACUACAGCUUUGUGUUGAUGUCCAGAGGAAACACAGCCGGUGGUCUUCAGCAGCAGGUGUCCAUCAGGACGACCCCAGACCUCCUGAAGACUAAACCUGUCCUCUACUCUACUCAGCACAACCAGGAGGGGAAGCUCACUAUAGACCUGCCUAAAGUACAGCCUACUAGUCAAGUCAGAUGGUACUACAUCGUGGUGGUGCCUGUGUCCCCGUCGUCGUCACGGCGAUGGGAGAACCCCGACGAGAUGGACCUGGAGGAGCUGUUGGAGUCUGGCGAGGGUCCUGUCCUGCGUCGCAGGCGCCAGGUCGAGCCCACGCGGCCGUACAUCGCCGCCAAGCUGCCCUCCCUGCCCGCUACGUUCACCCUGGGAGAUGAGAAGAAUUACAACGGCUUCUACAACCGUCCCCUGCCGGGUCACCAGCGCUACCUGGCCUUCAUACUGGCUGCACUGAAGGAGCAAGACACGGACAACAGUGACAAACAUAGAAGGUUCUCAGCCAGUCCUUACUCCGACCCUGUCCACGUGUCUCCUGACGUGUCCAGGACUCCGGAACAGCCAGAGAUGUUGUGGGUCCUGGGUCCUGUCCUGGCCGUGGUGCUCAUCAUCGUCAUCGUUAUCGCCAUCUUGCUCUUCAAGAGGAAACGAGCAUCUCCCCUCCCCAAAGAUGACCACUCAGGAGGGGUGAAGGACUCACUGCUGGGCAACUCUUCCGACCCUGUAGAGAUGAGACGACUCAACUACCAGACACCAGGAAUCAGGGACCCUCCCAUCUGUGUGUCAUCUGUAGGGACUGAGAUAGAGAGGGACUUGUCUGCUAGAGAGGGACUGGGAUUCUCCUCUCUCCAUCAGUCCAUAGAUCCUGCCCAGCAGUUCACCUGGGAGAAUUCCAACAUGGAAGUGAACAAACCAAAGAACCGCUAUGCUAAUGUCAUCUCAUAUGACCACUCCAGAGUCGUCCUGACGUCUGUUGAUGCUGUUCCUGGUAGUGACUACAUCAACGCCAACUACAUAGACGGCUACAGGAAACAGAAUGCCUACAUCGCUACGCAGGGCCCUCUUCCCGAGACCCUCAGUGACUUCUGGAGGAUGGUGUGGGAGCAGAGGGCUCACACUAUCGUCAUGAUGACACGACUGGAGGAGAAGUCACGAGUGAAGUGUGACCAGUACUGGCCUGUCAGAGGGACAGAGACCUAUGGUAUGAUACAGGUCAGCAUGUUGGAUACUGUGGAGCUGGCUACCUACAGCGUACGCACCUUCGCUCUCUACAAGAAUGGUUCCAGUGAGAAGCGUGAGAUUCGUCAGUUCCAGUUCAUGGCCUGGCCGGACCACGGGGUACCAGAGUACCCCACCCCUAUCCUGGCCUUCCUACGACGGGUCAAAGCCUGCAACCCCCCUGACGCUGGGCCCAUGGUGGUACACUGCAGUGCGGGCGUGGGUAGAACAGGCUGCCUGAUCGUGAUCGAGGCCAUGCUGGAGCGUAUGAAGCAUGAGAAGUCGGUGGAUAUCUACGGUCAUGUGACAUGUAUGAGAGCUCAGAGGAACUACAUGGUGCAGACUGAGGACCAAUAUGUCUUUAUCCACGAGGCCUUGCUAGAGGCAGCCACCUGUGGCCUCACUGAGGUCCCCGCGCGCAAUCUGUACGCACACAUCCAGAAACUCACCCAGCCGCCCACAGGGGAGACCGUCACCGCCAUGGAGCUGGAGUUUAAGAGACUGGCUAACUCCAAAGCCCACACCUCCAGGUUCAUCAGUGCCAACCUGCCCUGCAAUAAGUUCAAGAACCGGCUGGUGAAUAUCAUGCCCUUCGAGUCAACACGCGUGUGUCUGCAGCCUAUCAGAGGAGUGGAGGGGUCUGACUACAUCAACGCCAGCUGCAUCGAUGGGUACAGACAACAGAAAGGGUAUCUGGCCACCCAGGGCCCUCUGGCGGAAACCACUGAAGACUUCUGGAGGAUGCUGUGGGAACAUAACUCUACCAUAGUAGUGAUGCUCACCAAACUCAGAGAGAUGGGCCGGGAGAAAUGUCACCAGUAUUGGCCAGCGGAGCGCUCAGCCAGGUACCAGUACUUUGUGGUGGACCCCAUGGCUGAGUACAACAUGCCCCAGUACAUCCUCCGAGAGUUCAAGGUGACCGACGCCAGGGAUGGCCAAUCCAGGACGAUCCGCCAAUUCCAGUUCACUGAUUGGCCAGAACAAGGAGUGCCAAAAACCGGGGAAGGAUUCAUCGAUUUCAUUGGCCAAGUACAUAAAACCAAGGAGCAGUUUGGACAGGACGGACCAAUCACUGUUCACUGCAGUGCCGGGGUGGGCAGGACAGGGGUCUUCAUCACUCUGAGUAUCGUGUUGGAGAGGAUGAGGUACGAAGGGGUGGUGGACCUCUUCCAGACCGUCAAGACGUUACGCACCCAGAGACCUGCCAUGGUGCAGACAGAGGACCAGUAUCAGCUGUGCUACAGAGCAGCUUUGGAGUACCUGGGGAGUUUUGACCACUAUGCAACGUAACCACUCUGAGCUGAGCAGCCUCUGGCCACUGAGUGUCCCAUCUCAGCCACCGUACUUGUAUCAACCCAUCUGACCUGACCCUGACCUUCCUUGCUACCCUAUCACAGGGGAGGAGGGCGGUGCCACUGUCACCUAGCGACGGGUUCAACCAAUCCCAGAGGUCUACUACUCGGAUUUACAACAAACAAAAAAAAACACACGAAAAAACCACCCUAAAUAUUGCUUUAUAAAACAAACAACAAACAAUACCAUGACGACGACAGCGUUUCACAAGGGAGCAAGCGACAGUUCUGACUGAGUUUCUGUUCUCCUUUCUUACUUUAUUAUUAUGAAAUAUCGUUCUGAAUAAUGUUCUUAUAUUUAGUUAAUCAUUUGUUUUUGUUUUUAUAAUUGUUUUAAUACCAUCAGACAUGUAUUUUGUCUUCAUGGCCUAACUGGGGCACAGCAUUUUAGUUUUUACACCUUAAUUGGUAUGUUUAUUUUAGUUCAAAAUAAAAAAAAAUGUUGUAUGUUAUUUUAGGGACCUGUAUUUUCUACUUCCUAGACGUUAAUACAGGAGAACCACUGUUUGUUCUCUGAAGCUGCUGACAGUUUUUACUUUUAUCAAGAUUUUUAUUGUUUAUUAUCUUUUUUUCUGUUUUGUCUUCUUCGUUUUAAAACGGAUCAAGAUUAACUAAGAUAAUACGCCUUUUCACUUUGCUGUUUCUUUUUAAAACGUAGGGGGGGGGGGAAAAUGACAAAAUGAUUCAAACACAUACACCAACCGCCGCGAUACAGGUACUAUAUAAACCACACUAGCUAGCGAAAAACGUGACAUCAACUAACGACAACUAAAUCAGCAUUGUACAGAAACUCAAAGAGCACAUGAUGAUUUCAACAACAGAGAGAAGCCUUGAAGACAUUGAGGCCUUCAAUUACCAGAGAAUGAAUCUGGAGACGAACGGACGAACAGACUUUUAUACCCAACGAGGAGUUGAACUUGAGAAUCAACUCCUGAAUCGCUGUAUGAAUCAUAUUGUGUCCCCUCUAAGCCCCUCCUCUUUCCUUGGUUCCCAGCGAGCUGAUUGGUCAGUCCGCUGCCUGGGGGUUGGAACAUAGGGACUGCAGGAGCAGCUCCCCCUGGUGGUGGAGAGAGGAGUAGCAGCCAUUAACCCUGGCCCCCCUGUACAGAAUACUACGAUUACUACCGGAGGGACAGAGACACACAAACCCUCUGCAUCCUCCAACCGACCUGCUAUUAUUUUAUACAGAAAUAGAAAUGAUGACUAUAUAUAUAUAAUUCUGAUUGAUUAUAUAUAUAUAUAUGUACAAUUAUACAUAGAUAUAUACUGCAGCUUCAAACUAUAUUGUUAAAAUAAUUCACUCUCUUUACUUACCGGCUUAGAGGAAAUUAAAGAGAGAAAGGGAAAGAGAGAGAGAGUGAGAGAUGGAAGGAGAGAGAAAGUUAGUGUCUGUAUCUACUGGAUUACCAUAGCAACCUGACAGCCAGACAGAGUUGAGAUCAGUGUUCCGUUUUUCAAUCCAGUCAUUUUUCAGGGAGUGAAUUCAAUUCAUGAAUCGAAAUUCAUUCAUUUAGUUGUAAUUCGAUUCAUUUAGCUGUAAUCUACUUCACUGAAACUGGACUUGACCCUAACCUUGCUGAAAGAUAGAGAGCAGGUUAUCGUUCUGUUAAAGAGAGUGAGAGAGGUGUAUAGAUGUGUAGUUCUGUUAAAGAGAACAGCAUAAACCCAACUGAGGACCACUCCCCAGCCUCCGUCGGGCCACCCACCACCACGCCACACAAGCACAUCUUUACCCACAAGGCCGCAGGGUACGACGAUCCCCAAGCCUAACAGGACUGAGUCUGACAUGCUGGCUGGAAUAAACCACAAUGUUCAUUUAUACCUUGUGAAUGCUUAGUGCUGUAGGGGUUUGAUCUGUUGUAUACGCAGUCUGUUUUCUAUUUGUUGAUAAAAAGAACUGGAAUUUAAAAAAAAAAAAUAUGUUGCUGGGGGAAAAAACUCGAAUAAAGUUGAAUAAUUGUUGUUA